UGUGUAUAUCUUGUAAAGAUUUUAGGAAAUAUUAGGUUUUUAUUUUAACUUUACAAUGCCUAACUCAGAUAUUGAUGAUAACGAAAAAGUAACUGGACCCGUCGACAAUGCAUGGGAACUGAAAAUUCCAGAAUUUAAACCAGAAGAUAAUCCACAUGGACUAUUAGAGGAAAGUAGUUUUGCCACAUUGUUUCCACAAUACAGAGAACAAUAUUUAAGACAAGUGUGGCCUUUAGUUACAAAAACUCUGGGUGAAUAUAAUAUAAAAGCAGAACUAGAUGUUGUGGAAGGUAGUAUGACUGUUAGAACCACAAGACAAACAUGGGAUCCCUAUAUUAUUAUAAAGGCAAGAGAUGUAAUUAAGUUAAUGUCCAGAAGUGUUCCCUUUGAGCAAGCCAAACGUGUUUUAGAAGAUGAUGUUGGGUGUGAUAUAAUAAAAAUUGGAAAAAUAACAAGAAACAAAGAAAAGUUUGUUAAAAGACGCCAACGUCUAAUAGGUCCAAAUGGAUGUACAUUGAAGUCUAUUGAAAUAUUAACUAACUGCUAUGUUCUAGUUCAAGGUCAAACAGUAUCAGCACUAGGUCCAUAUAAAGGGUUGCAACAAGUUAGAAAAAUAGUGGAGGACACAAUGAAAAAUAUUCAUCCUAUUUAUAAUAUAAAAGCUCUGAUGAUAAAAAGAGAAUUAGCAAAAGAUCCCAAGUUAAAAAAUGAGAAUUGGGAGAGAUUUCUACCCAAAUUUGUUAAUAAAAAUAUUAGUAAACGCAAGCAGCCUAAAAAGAAAAAGGAAAAGAAACCUUAUACGCCAUUUCCACCAACACAACAAGAAAGUAAAAUUGAUAAAGAACUUGCCACUGGUGAAUACUUCCUUAACAAAACGCAGAAGAAAGCUAAAAAACAGAAAGAGAAAGAUGAUAAACAUGCUGAAGCAGCAAAGAAGAGAGAAGAAAAGAGAAACCAAGCCUUUAUACCUCCUGAGGAACCUACUACAUCUAAGGUACAAUCUAAAACAAAUACUAAGGUUGAUAUAGCUGCACUAAAGGAGAAGAUUACUAAAGCCAGGAAAGGUUCUAAAAUAUUUAACUCAAAAUGAUUUUGUAGUAAGUUUUUAAUAAAUAAUGUUUAGUUUUUUG